AUGGAUGAUGAAGUGCUACCCAUUGUGAUUGACAAUGGCAGUGGACUGUGCAAAGCCGGCUUUGCAGGUGACGAUUUUCCACGGGCCGUUGUCCCAUCGAUCGUGGGCCGGCCAAAGCCUGGAAGCACCGACAUGGACCCGGACAGCGACAGCUAUGUUGGAAAAGAAGCGCUGAAGAGGCAGCGUGCGCUGAACUUGAACCACCCCAUCCGCGAUGGCAUUGUGACCAAGUGGGCUGACAUGGAGAAGAUUUGGAGUCACAUCUUCUACAAUGAGCUUCGAGUGGCUCCUGAAGAACAUCCAGUCUUACUAACUGAAGCAGCUCUGAACCCAAGGGCCAAUCGCGAGAGGAUGACCCAGAUGAUGUUUGAGACCUUCAACGUGGCAGCCGUCUAUGUCAUCAGCCAGGCUGCCUUGGUGUUGUAUUCCUCGGGCCGACUCACCGGCGUGGUGAUGAACAGCGGCGAAACCCUCAGUGAAGCCGUGCCGGUCUACGAGGGCUAUCCGGUGCCACAUGCCAUCACAGCUUCGCCCGUGGGAGGGCGCGACCUCACGGAGUACAUGAUGAAGCUCCUGAACGAGCGCGGCUGGUCCUAUGGCGAUUUCGAGCUCGUGGGGGACGUCAAGGAGCAUCUUUGCUACAUUGCCCUGAACUUUGCCGAGGAGAUGGAAUGUGCGGCUGAAAGUUCCGAGCUUGAGAAGACCUAUGAAUUUGAGGACGGCGUCGUCACGGUGGGUGAUGAGCGCUUUCGCUGUCCCGAAGCCUUGUUCGAACCAGCGCGGAUGGGCAAGGAGGGCAGCGGCAUCCAUGACAUUACCUUCCAAUCUAUCAUGAAAUGCGAUGAGGCAAUCCGACGGGACUUGUUUACAUCUGUGGCACUAUCGGGUGGCACCAGCAUGUUCCCAGGCAUUCAGGCGCGCAUGAGCAAGGAGUUGGCUGCCUUGGCGCCUGUCGUGGACAUCAAGGUACUGGCUCCUUCGGAACGGAAGUACGCUGCCUGGAUGGGUGGCUCCAUCAUGUGCACCUUGUCAUCGUUUGAGGAGAUGUGGAUCUCGCAAAGCGCGUACGAUGAGUCUGGUCCUGCCGUGGUCCAUGAGAAGUGCUACGGAGCAUCGGAAUCCUAA